CGCAGUAGGGCGGCAGCGGCCGGGCGCACGCGGCGGCAGGAGCGGGGCCAGCGCGGGACUGCGGGGCGCGAGCGCAGCGCGGGACCCCCCGGGCCGCACCCAGAAUGCCAGGACUAAGCUGUAGAUUCUACCAACAUAAAUUUCCAGAGGUGGAAGAUGUAGUGAUGGUCAAUGUUCGGUCCAUCGCUGAAAUGGGAGCCUAUGUCAGCCUGCUGGAGUACAACAACAUUGAAGGCAUGAUCCUCCUCAGUGAACUGUCCAGGAGACGUAUUCGUUCCAUAAACAAACUCAUCCGGAUCGGGAGGAAUGAAUGUGUUGUGGUCAUAAGAGUUGACAAAGAGAAAGGUUAUAUCGAUUUGUCAAAAAGAAGAGUUUCUCCAGAGGAGGCAAUCAAAUGUGAAGACAAAUUCACAAAAUCAAAGACUGUUUACAGCAUCCUUCGCCAUGUUGCUGAAGUCUUGGAGUACACCAAGGAUGAGCAGCUUGAGAGCCUGUUCCAGAGAACUGCCUGGGUGUUUGAUGACAAGUACAAAAGACCGGGAUAUGGUGCUUAUGAUGCAUUCAAGCAUGCAGUCUCAGACCCUGCAAUCCUGGAUAGCCUGGAUCUGACUGAGGAAGAGAGGCGUGUAUUGAUUGACAAUAUUAACAGACGGCUGACACCACAGGCAGUCAAAAUCCGAGCUGAUAUUGAGGUGGCCUGUUAUGGUUAUGAAGGCAUAGAUGCAGUUAAAGAAGCUUUGAGAGCAGGCUUGAACUGUUCCACGGAGAACAUGCCCAUCAAAAUUAAUCUGAUAGCCCCUCCUCGUUAUGUGAUGACUACUACAACACUGGAGAGAACUGAAGGACUGUCUGUUCUGAAUCAAGCCAUGGCUGUAAUUAAAGAAAAAAUUGAGGAAAAGAGAGGAGUCUUUAAUGUGCAGAUGGAGCCUAAGGUGGUUACUGACACAGACGAGACUGAACUUGCAAGGCAGCUGGAAAGACUGGAGAGGGAAAAUGCUGAAGUGGAUGGGGAUGAUGAUGCCGAGGAAAUGGAAGCCAAAACAGAAGACUAAAUGUUCUGGGAUACUUAGACGAGAGACCAUAUGGAAAACUAGAAACCCCAUUGCAAACACUCUGGACUAAACAUUUCCAGUAUUGAAAACUUCAAAAACAAAUAUUUGAAGUGUUUUCCUGUUUAAAAAGACCAAAAUGUAACAGGCUCUUUUAAAUAACUUUUGGUGCAGCAACUUACCCAUAUUGAAUCCUUUGAAAGGAAGGUGCCUAGUCAAAUUCAAGGCAGAUCUGGCCAGAAGGAGUUUGCAGCCCCAUACUUAACACUUUCAUAUGUAAUAAUUCCUAAUUGGUGAUUGCAGCUCAGUGCAUCUGUUAAUGAUCUUUCCUGGGAGCAGCAAAACCAAGCAAGCAGAACAGUUCUAUACAGAAUGUAUUUGAGCAAAUAUUCAAUAAAUUUCUGGGCUAUGUAAAA